AUGUCAAAUAGCCAUGUAUAUAACAAUUAUUGCAAAUCAAGCAUUUUGUAUGCUGCCAAUUAUCAUCCACUACGAAUCAUAAUCAAUAAAUUAACUACUUUUGCGGAGAUUAACAAAGUGAUUAAAAUUGCAUGGAAAAUUAGCCCUACUUUUUUAAGAAUUUUUUUAUCUAAUGGGAGUGAAAUUUUUGAAGAAGAUUUAUAUUUAAUUAGGCAAGGUUCAAAAUUGUAUGCAACUCUAGAUGGUUCGGAGUUGGGCUUGAAUGUCCUCUUUUUGAAUUACUCCAUUAAUGAUUAGCUUUGUCAAAAUCCAAAUUCAAUUACAAUGAUUGGAAAAAUUAAAUCGAAUAAAAUAGAUGUGAUUAUUAAACAAAUCUCCACCAAAUUCUUUUCAAGAGAUGAGUUGGCUAAUUUUGUUAAAAUUUUAUAAUAAAUUAAAGAUGAAAAUUGUACUAAAUGUGUUCAUAUAUACGAUACUAUUAUAUUUUAGAGACAAUCUGAAAUCGCAUUGAUAACUGAAUAUUGCCAGGGGAAAUCUCUAAAUCACAUGCUCCAAUAAAAUAAGAGGUUUACCGAAUAAGAGAUCAAAGUAAUCGUUAAAUAAUUAGCUGACUUCAUAAACUACUGUCAUUCUCGAAAUAUCACCAUUAAGAGCCUGAAAUUUGAGAACAUGCUCUUUAGUGAGAAGGAUAAUUUGAAUAGUAUAAAACUAACAGACUUAGGUUUAAAUACUGCAUAUAGAAUUCAGAAUUUAACUUCCAUCAAUAAUUUCAAUUAUUACUCACCUGAACUGAUCACAUAAAAAGAGUUUACCUUCUCAACCGACAUUUGGGCAUUUGGUGUCAUUCUUUAUUAUCUACAUCUACAUUCCUUUCCAUUUGAUGGUAGAACUAAAUAAAGUAUCUAAUAAAAUGUUUUCCAAAUUAAAUAUAAAAUAACUGAAGAGGCCAAUCCCUAUCUAAGAGAUUUGCUGUAAUUGAUAUUUGUCAAAGACCCUGAUUUAAGAAUUAAAAUAUAAGGGAUUAUUGAUCAUCCCUAUUUUAAAUAACAGAAUAAAUAUAAUCUUAGUUUUCAUAGUUCAAUUAAUAAGUUGAACAUGAAUUUUCUAAGAUUAAACAGUCGAAAUAGUUUUAGGAAAAAGACAAACAGUUAAAGAUUUGAUUCUGAAGAAAACAAUUCCUCAAUUAAAAGAAUUUAAAAAUAAUUAUCCCUCCAAAAGUAGUCAGAUAAGGAAUAAUCAAUAUUGAAUCCACUCUAACCUAAGCAGUACAAAUGUAAAAUUGAAAGAAAAAGAUGUCUCUCACAUAUGAUAGUAAAAUAAUAGAUCAGGUAGAGUACUAUUAAAGAUUUUUGA